AUGACCACCGAGCGAAAUGCCGAAGUGCAGCGGUUGCGCGCAUUCAUCGAUGCCAGGAAGCGUAGUAUUGAGACUGCUGAAAAGCACUACGAUGUUUUAAGCGCUGUAGCGGAGCUAUGUAAACUGGCUGCUCCCUUGGUCAGCCCUGAUCGUUUUUCGUCGACGUGGAAGGAUUUGUACGUGGAGCUCUUCUAUCGUGAGAUUGCAACAUUUUUGCUUAGUUUUGUGGCCGUCCACAUCGAGAUUUGCUUCUCAGAACAAGACCGGAAGCAGGCGUUCGACGUUUUUUUUGACCGCAAUGUUGUUCCUUCGAGCCGAGUGAUUGGCGCACUAACAGCGACACUAUCUACAAUUAAGGCAAAAGAUGAUGCAACCGAUGAAACGGCGGGAAAAGAUGCAGAAGUUUCAAUGAUGCAGUGUGUCCGGCUGCUGGAGAAAGCUAUUGUUGCCGGCGGCGUAGAAGUCGCCGUGACAGAAAUGCUGGUGCAAGAGGAGAAAUUGGCCGCAGGCAGCGUGAAGAAUACAACCAGCCUCCAGGUGCUCGUUUUGCAGCUUUCGUCGUUGCCAGACAUCAUCUUUAAUCGCCGCCAGCGUAAUACCCCAGCGGCCUUUCGCCCUCACCAAUAUUUUUCGUUGCUCUGCGAUGGGUUGUUACACAGUCUUUUGAUGCAAAAGACAAGCGCUAGUCAAUCGUGCACCUUCCAAAUGUUUGCGAACAAGCUGGUACGCAUCGGCCAAGCCCAAGCACUUGUCCAGAGCUGGUUGCGCUCCAUCGAAACUGUAUCGGAUACAAAGAUGAACCGCACAUUAUUUCAAAGUCUUCCCGUAUCAUGCUACGAGCAAAUUCUUGUCCAAAUUGCAAACGAAAAGGUUCCGUGCUUUUUAAGCACACAACAAGCGCUUCUUCACCCAAAAUACCAGCUUCUUGCCCAAGUCCCUCCAGCAAUGUGUUCGAACAAGCAGUUUCAAUAUGUUGUCACGCACAAGCUGCUCCUUCAAAAGCCGAUCGACGACUUUUACUUUUGGCGAGUACUCGUUGACGUUUUGGCGCGAUGUGACAGUGAUUCACUCCAAUCUCCGCUGGCAGCCGUAUUUGACGUAGUACUUGCACGUCUGCCCAAGGUUUCAGAAGUUCGUGGAGGGGCAGCAUUUAUGCAGCAAGAUUGGAUCACUAAGUUAUGCAAAGGGGUUCAAGACCACAUGAGUCAUUCUCAAGAGUUGGUACGAGCGCUAGGCAUGCGGGUGGGGGAGAGCCUAUCGCACAUAAUCGCAUCUGAAAAGCCACUAGAUUUUGGUCUUGAGAGUCAAGACCCUUUAGCAAUCUAUGGAUGUCCCAUGCUACCGGAAGAGCUUGAAAAGCGCAAUAUGAAACUUAAUUUCGGCACCGAAGAAACAUCUCGUGAGGUGCUGUUCACGACUGACAUGACUUGCAGCAAAGAGAACCAAUGUCGACAACAACAUAUGAGAAAGCACUCUGUUAAACCGUUCACACUUGACCCAGACGAGUUAGUGCUUAGUGACGAUCCAGAUGCCUCUGAAAGGGAUAGCAAAUUUGAAUUUACCUCCGAUAAUUCAGAUUCUGAUUCCAAUAUGAGCCUGAAAGCGUAUGACCUGCACGAUGAUGAAGAAGACUUGACAGCCAAGCGACCGAUGUAUUUAAAAGACCUAAUUGCGAGUCUUUUGUCAGAUGAUGAUCGCGAAAAAGUAGAAGCUGCUCUGAACGAGGCUGAGACACUACUACGUCGCCAACCACGCGACCUGAAUGACAAAGCAGACGAAGUUGUGAAGGCACUACUUCGACUUGAAGACAAGUACAGCACCCCCAUGUUUACCAAGCUGCGCUCACAGGCUCUCGCUACGGCCUGUGCAUUGGCGCCGACUCAAACUUUGCCGUACCUGAGCAGCCAGGCGCUGGAGCGCGAGCAGUUGCUACAGUCCCGCAUUGACGCGCUGCAAGCGAUGACCUCAGCCGCUCGAGAGUUAUCCGAGAGAGGUGGUGGCUAUCAGCGUUCCCAACAGCCCAAGACACUGCUCCAUGAAAGUGACUUGGGUACACGCACUGUACAGAGCUUGAAAACACGUCGUUGGGGUUAUCGACGCGAUCCGCUUGCGACUCCAAAACAAAAUGCCUUUGCGCCGCAUGCAUUGGAAUUUUUCUCACCGUUGUUAUUCGGGUAUGUCAAGUAUGUGCGAAAGCAUUCUGCACAUUCGGGCACCACCUCUGAAAGGUCUCGCAGCGAAGUCGAGCAAACGCUCCUGGCGCAUUUACUGCACGCUCUCGCUAGCUUUGUAGAAUGUAGUGGAAACGCGCCACGGACGAUGGCAAUGGCCAAGUGUCUGCUUGAAUUUAUCUGGACCGAGCGCGCCAACACUAAUGCCGAGGUGCGUCGUCAGGUGUUGUUCAGUCUGAGUCGCGUGCUACUAGUUGCGCCGCCAGCGCUGCUGUGGCAAGAGGCAGGUGAGAUACUUGCAGAGGUCGCACCGUGGCUGCGCCAGAUACAGAAGCGCGACCCGGAUGCUGGUUGUCGUGAAGCGGCGCAGCUGCUGAGCUCGUUCGCCUCAAUGCCAGGAGCGUUGCUGUCGUCUGAUUAA